AUGGAGGGAGGGAUGUCGGGAUGGGGAAUCAGACAUAUGUCGCAUGUGUCUGAUCACCCGUUCCCCACUCCUACUCCCCAGCCCGAACUCCGCCGCCGCCGCCGCCGCCACCACCGCCGCCAUCCAUCUCCGCCGCCGCAACCUACCUAUUCCAGCCGCCACCCAUUCCAAGCUAUGGAGAAGCCGGUGGAGGAGCCGAUGUCCAGGCUCACCCACGACCUAAUCGCGGAGAUCCUCUCUCGCGUGCCCUACAAAUCACUCUGCAUCUGCAAGUGCGUCUGCCCGGCCUGGCGCGACCUCAUCGCCGACCCCGCCCACCAGAAGAAGAUGGCGCAGACCCUGGCCGGCUUCUUCUACCACAUCAACGACGAAUCCACGGCCGUGCCCCGCGGCUUCGCCGGCGUCAAGUACGCGGAUAUGUCUGCUUUCCCUUGGUCGAGCGUCCCCGAGAUCCACCCGCGCCUGCCACUACCGCCCGACAGCACGGACUGCUUCGUCUUCCUCGAGGGUUCCUGCGAUGGACUGUUUCUUGCCUGUAUUUAUAUGCGCACCCCUGCUGGAGCAACUCGCUACAUGGUCUCCAAUCCAGCUACCAGUGAGUAUAUUGUGCUGCCUCACUCUGGCUAUGCUGGCAACGCUUACCUGGGUUUCGACAGGGCUGCAUCCACUGAGGGGUUUCAUGUGUUCGAGUUUGUAGAGGACUGGUCACCCCCGGACCACCGGGGUAAAGAAUCCAUGGUUGUGACACGGGUGAGGAUUUACUCUUCAAAAACUGGUGCAUGGGUAGCAAUGGAACCCAAAUGGGACAUCCAAGUUAGCUUGUGCUUUGGUCAACCUGGAGUUUUCCAUAAGGGCUGUUUGCACCUGCUCACAGAUGAGUCCGGAUUGGCGAUAGUUGAUGCAGAAGGGCUAAGAUGGAGAACCGUCCCGCUGCCAAUACUUGUUGCUAGGAGUUUCUCAGGUUUCAUCGGGAAGUCUGCCGGACAGCUACUUUAUAUCGCCUCCCUUGAUAGUCAGGGAUACGGCUCAGACAGAUCUUUGACUAUAUCGAUUUACGUUCUUAAUGUUGAGAUUUAUAACUGGGAUGUCUGUCAUCAGGAUGACAAACGCAUGUACUGGAAAUUGUACAAGUUUUCAAAUGUAAUUCCAAAGAAGAAGUUUCUCAAAGUCAUUGGAGUACACCCACAUGCCAAUCUGAUCUUCAUAGCUCACUCAAAAAACGAAAUGUUGGCAUACGAUUUGGAUCGUCAUGAAAGUCCAGUUGUAUAUCACCUUGACCAUAACUACCAUAGGUUUAUGCAAUUUUGCCCGUAUGUGCCGCUGUUGUCCUACCUACCGUUGGACGGAGCAAUACGGCUGGCAGCUCCCAAUUGA